AUGCCGAUAGGGAAAUUAGAGCCUUUCGAUUUGAACUCACAAAAGUGGCCGGCGUACAUACGCAGAGUGCGACAAUAUAUUGUGCUGAACGAAAUCAAAGCCGAGUUGCAUGUGCCCCUAUUGAUAACGGUCGUCGGCGAAGCUACAUACUCGCUUAUGUGCGAUUUAUCUUCGCCCGCACAUCCUGAGACCAAGACAUUCGACGCAUUAGUCAACCUCGUAACGCAACAUUUGGAACCACAACGCUCCGAGAUCGCCGAACGCCACGUGUUUCGUUUGAGACGGCAACGUGUUGGCGAGACACUCACGGAUUACCUGCAGAAUCUUAAACAUCUAGCCACUACGUGUAAUUUUGGGAAUAAUUUAGAGGAAAACCUUCGCGACCAGUUCGUAUCAGGCUUGAUGAAUGAGACUAUGCGAUCUAGAAUUUUCGCUGAGGAAAAUAUCAAUUAUAAAAAGGCGGUGGAACUGGCUCUCGCGCUGGAGGCUGCAGAGAAGCACGCGGAAGUGAGCGGAGCCACAUCUGUGGCUGUACAGGAGGCUUCAGGUGCUGGCGGCAGCGGCAGCGGGGCGGACGAAGGCUUGCAUCAGGCGAGCGCCCGGCGCGGGGCCGGCGGGCGCGGCGCGCGACUCGGCGCGGAGACCUGCUGGCGGUGCGGGAAGGCGCACCGGCCCGACCGGUGUAGGUUUGCUAAUUACAACUGUGAUCGGUGCAAUAAAAGAGGGCAUUUGAAAAUAAUGUGCAAAGUGCGUGGUGAUCGGUCAAUAGGUCGGCAAAAUUUUGUGAGUGAAAUGGAGGAAGUAUCGGAUGAUGAGGACAUUUUCAACAUCGAACUGAUGACUACAGGUACCAAACCAUUUUAUAUUAAAGUGAACAUUGACGGUUUUCCAGUGGAGAGUGAGAUAGAUACGGGCAGUCGCAUAUCUGCAAUCAGUGAAAGUUUUUAUAAACAAUAUUUUACACAUAAACCCAUCACUGUCCAAAACAUUGUAUUGCGUAGUUAUGCCGGUUCACCGAUUGAAUCGCUCGGGUCGAUUACUGUGAACGUUACUCUCGGGCACGUAACAGCUAAUAAUUUAACACUUUAUGUGAUUAAGAAUGGGAGUCGCCCACUUUUGGGCAGAGAAUGGAUUCGCGCUUUAAAUAUUAAACAAAUUAGUUUUAAUAAGAUACGAGAAGACUCGAUCGGGAACCGAUUGGCUACAGAAUUUCCAGAAGUGUUCACAAGUAAAUUAGGAACUUGUACAAAAACAAUUAAAUUAGAAUUAAGUGAUAAGUCGCCGGUGUACGUGCGCGCGCGGCCGGUGCCGCUGGCGUUGCGCGCGCGCGUCCAGGCCGAGCUCGAGCGGCUCGAGGCCGAAGGCACCAUCUAUCGGGUGGAAAACUCGGAAUAUGGCACUCCGAUUGUACCUGUGGUCAAGGAGAACGGCGAUAUUCGAAUCUGUGGGGAUUACAAAGUAACCAUUAAUCCGAAGUUAAAACGCGAAUUUUACCCACUUCCUCGCAUUGAAGAAUUGUUUGCGACCCUCAGUGGGGGUGAGGAAUAUAGCAAAAUAGAUUUAACACAUGCUUACGCACAGACAAUGUUAACGGAAGAUUCCCAGCCUUUUACUGCGAUUACAACCCACCUCGGCACGUUCGCAUAUCGUCGUACUCCAUAUGGCUUAUCUUGUAUCCCAGAAAAGUUUCAAAAAAUUGAUGGAAGAAACCCUGAGAGGGGUGUCGAAUACCGUUGUAUUUUUGGAUGA